AUGGAUGAUUACCUCUCUUCAGAGGACGAACUGGACGGCGAGUCGAUUCUCGUACCGAAGCGACAGAAAAAGCCAGACGAUGAAGGCCUCCUCUUUAAUGACUCAGGCUAUGGAUUCCGGGGACCCAACUUCCAGGCUAUCCCAGAGAUCCCUUACGAGAGCCCUCCAAAGUCACCGCAGUUUCUUCGGCAGCCGUAUAGCAACCCAGCGUCGCUCUAUCGCGAUCCGAUCCAGCGCACGUACGGCGUUGAGACAGAUGAUGACGAGGACCUGAGGUCUUUCGAAAAGGAUACCCACUCGAUUGGCGAUAUCACGGCACGGGUAAAAGCCAUGAGGGCGGCGCUGUACGAGGCCAUCGCUGAGGAGAAGGCUGGCAAGGUUGAUGUCAAGAUGGCCGUCCGAAUGAGGAAAGAAGCCAAGGCCAAGAAGAGAGCGUCAACCAUGUCCCUCACACGUCGGAGCAAGGCGCCAUCUGGAGUGGAAGUCGAUGACGGCCACCACGCCGAUGUGGAGUGA